UUAGUUUGCUGGUUCGUAAAUGCGAUUAUGUUAUAACUGCUUCAUAGUUACAAAUCAACGGUAAGGAUUUUCUGUAUAUGACAACGAAAAAGGCUUGGCAGAGCAUCGACCUUUACCCUCAAAAUCAUGAUGAAGCUUGAUUAUAUAAAACACAAGGUAGUGCUAUCUGUGGAAUUCUUUGCUUCUUUGUUUAUAAUCUUCGGACUUUUCUUGAAAUUCUGGUGGUCAAGCGGCCACAAUGAAAAUCUGCAGACAUACGGCCUUUGGGAACGUGUCCAGUGCACCAAUGGGAUAUGUCAGCGGACUAGCGGGGAAAGUGCUGGAUUUUUGACGUUUACUCGCUUCGCUGGAGUCUUCAGCCUGUUCCUGACAAUCAGCUCCCUACUUAGUACUGUUCUGUAUCUAUGGAAACGGAACACAUUAUGUAACUAUAUCACCGGAGUCUUUUCUAUCUUCAACGGAUGUGUUACGUUUCUGAUGGCGAUGGUACUGAUAGGGGAGUUUCACGUCAUCUCAGAUGCAUGGGACACAGUGCGGACAACAGUCCUGAUACCGAAUAGCUCGGUAUUGUGCUACAACCCCGUCGUCAUCUUCUUUAUAAUCUUCUCGGGCAUUGCCAGCAUGAUCACCGCUAUUAUAACUCUUUUCAAGAUGGACAAUGCACCGGAACACAAGGGCAGUAACUCUAGUAAGAAGGUUACAGGAGAUAUAGCUCUCGUGUCUAUGAAUAUACGACGUUAAUUACCGGCACGCGGAUGCCAUCUUUCCCUUUUUUCAUCAAAUGUAACGUAUGUCAAAAAAGGGAUAGAUACACGUGUACAAAUACUGUUAGCCGGGAAACUUUGUUAAAACGUUCUGUGGCAAAUAAAAUACAAAAUGAAACCAA